AUUUUUAUUGUCUAUAAAAAUUACUUUAUGGACAAAAUAAAGUGUUUGUCAUAAUUUUUGUACUGUUGGUAUGUAAGUUGUAUUUAAGUAUGGAAACAAAGAAGUAUAAGUCGUAAAGUGAGUGCGUUUUAUGCGCUAAUAAAAUAAUUUAAAAAAUGUUAUUUUAAUUAUUCACAAUUUCUAUUUAACAAGGAAGUUAGUAGUAACUGUUAAUUUUGUAAAGAAAAUUGAGAUAAAAAAUAAAUACUGUUAAAAGCUAGUAACAUGAGUGCCUACUAUUGAACAAGUUACUUUGAUAAUCAGUAUGCAAUAUUGUUCAUACUAUCUGUUAGUCUAUGUAACUUUAUACUAGAAAUUUUGAAUGAGGAUGUGAACGUAUAUGUAUUUGCAAGAGCCAAGUUCAAGUACGAUAACAUUCAAUACGAUCUGUUACCGAACUUUGAAAGCUUGGCAAAACCCGACCAAUUUGGUGGGGGAGAUCGGUGGUAAGAGCUCGAUCACCGGUAUAUAAAGCAGUCCGAAUAAACGUUGGACAUCAUCAGUCGCUCAGUCGAUUCAAAUCAACCUAAUCUUUUCAACAAUGGUGUUCAAGUUCAUUGCCUUCAUCGCCUUCGUGGCCGCCGCCAAUGCCGGAAUUUUGCGUCAGGGUACACUAACCUAUGCCCCCGCAGCUCCAUUAGCGUACACUCAUGCCGCACCGUUGGCGUACUCUGCACCAGUGGCAGUCGCAGCUCCCGUAGCUAAGACGGUGGUAGCUAAAACAGUGGAUGCCGACUACGACCCUCAUCCCCAAUACAGCUACGCUUACGAUGUACACGAUAGCUUAACUGGUGAUGCUAAGAGCCAGCAAGAGUCCCGUGAUGGAGAUGUAGUGCAGGGUAGCUAUUCUCUCAUCGAGGCUGAUGGAACCAGACGAACAGUUGACUACACCGCUGAUCCAGUCAAUGGAUUCAAUGCAGUGGUCCGCAAGGAACCAGCCACUGUCGCCGUGAAAGCUGUUGCCCCUGCUGCACCCCUGACCUACGCUGCUUCUGCGCCAGUUCUUGCUGCUCCAGUUGCGAAGUACGCCGCCCCCAUAGCACAUGCUCCAGUAUACACCACGAAAGUUGCUGCCCCAGUUGCCGUUGCCCAUGCUGCCCCAGUCGCUGUUGCCCAUGCUGCUCCAGUCGCUGUUGCCCAUGCUGCACCUAUCGCUUACUCUGCUCACCCUCCUACUUUUGCCAAGUACGCUGCUGCACCAGCCCUGACCUACGCUGCCCCAACGCACUAUUUGUAAAUGUACUUCCUUCGUAAAAUCGAUGUUCCGGACUCAGGCUGAAUCUUUUAUUUAUUUUUUUAGCAGACUUGUUUGUGAUCGAUUAAAGUCGUUACAAAUGUA